CUCCGCGGCAGUGGAGCACAGUGCUUGGGACGCCGGCGGGGCUGUGAUGAGGCAUUCUUGGCCCGGGCAUCAAUAGAUAUAUUGAUGAAAGCAGGCGGUUCUCGCGGGCUUGGAAUCGAGCAGCGGGAUGGCGGGAGAACCAGCCGGUUGAUACAACAAUUAUUGUUGCAGCAGAAAUUUGCAAGUGCGCCAAUGCGGGUGUACCUCUCCCCAUCGAGGUGCUGUGUACCUGACACGGACAAGAGAAGGGACCUGGUGGACGAGAUUGAUAGUGGUCGUCAGGGCCCAAAAUCUUUCGUCUCCCCUCUCCAUCUCAACACAUUCAAGACCAUCAAAAAAUGACACUCGUUGGACGAUUUAGGCGGUCAAUGCCCGCCGCGGAACCGACGGCCGAGAGUAGCGGCGAUGAGACUUCGCAGGCGUCCGGCGGUAUGGUUGCUAAUGGAUCGGAAACAGAACGGGAGAAGGGCGCUGCGAAUCUGGACAAGGCCGAAAAGGGUGAUGCGGCAUCGGUUGACGUCGUAGCAGCCGAGCAGCAGACUGGCGGAGAAAUCACCUACCGGACAAUGUCGUGGCAGAAGUGUGCGGCGCUGCUGUUUGGCGAGUACGUGUGCUUGGCCAUCAUGAGCUUUCCAUGGGCAUUCAAGACGCUCGGCAUGGCUGGUGGUAUUCUCUCUACGCUCGGACUGGGCUUGUUUGCUUUGUACACCUCAUUGACGCUGCACAAGUACUGCAUGCUGCAUCCACAUAUGCUCAACAUUGCCGACUUUGGCUACCAGCUCUUCGGCAAGCACUGGCUUGCCUACGAGCUCACCGCUGCCGCCCUGGUGCUCAACAACACCUUCAUCCAGGGUUUGCACACCCUGACCGGCUCCGAGAUUCUCAACGUGCUAUCCAACCACGGCACCUGCACACUUGUCUUCUCCAUCGUCAUUAUGAUUGCCUGCUUUCUCCUCACUCUGCCUAGGAAGAUGGAGAAUGUCGCCAUCAUGGGUAUCGUCUCUGCUAUCUCGAUGGGCAUCGCACUCCUCACACUACUCAUCUUCACGGGCAUUCAGGGCAAGAACCCCGUCAUAGAAGGCUUUGACGAGCCUGUCAGGAUCACCGCGUGGGCGCCCGAGGGGACGACUUUCGUCGACGGUUUCAAUGCCUUCCUCAACAUCGUCUUCACGUGGGUGGGGCAGAUCUGUUACCCAACUUUUAUAGCGGAAAUGAAGGAGCCAGCCGACUUCCCAAAGGCCCUUUACGCCGUCACCGUGAUGGAGUUCACCCUCUUUACCCUCGUCGGCAUCGUCGUGUAUUACUAUUUUGGCCAGUACACCGAGGCGCCAGCAGUUGCAACGCUCAAGCCCGUCUUCAAGAAGAUCUCUUUCGCCUUUGUCCUCCCAACGACGAUCAUCAUUGGCGUCAUCUACGCCGCUGUCGUCGCAAAAUACCUUUUCCAUCGCUUCACCUUUGGAACGAAGCACUACAACAACCACACCGUCAUUGGCUGGGCCACGUGGACGGCCUGCUGCCUGGGAACAUGGGUCUUUGGUUGGGUGAUUGGAGAAGCGGUACCCUUCUUCUCCGUGCUCCUCAGUCUCAUGAGCGCUCUCUUCGAUGGGUGGUUCGGUUUCAUCUUUUGGGCCGCCGCCUACCGCGAGCUCUACAAGGGUCAACUUUGGGUACGCCAAUCGAUCUUGCGAAAAGCAGAGACGAUCUUCAACAUCUUCAUCUUCUUCUGCGGCCUCUUCGUCUUCGGCCCGGGGACAUAUACAAGUGUCGAGGCUAUCAUCCAGUCCUACGCCACUGGGUCUGUCAAGACCCCCUUCACAUGCGCAAAUAAUGCUGUGUAAGAACCAACGUCUCUCCUUCUUCUUACUGUAGAAUAGUGCAAGCGAGUCCACAUCUGUGGCGCAUUCAAGGGUCUCAUUCUUAUAGUCGGUUGGCUCAAGCCCUCCACACUUUCCCUUCACCAGCGGGCUCAUAGCACAAAUGAC